GCGUGAUGAAGAGCAAGUCGUUCAUUCUGAAUUGGAACUAAGUAUGCAAGAAUGCGCUCGGUGUCGUACAACUUUUUGUCUCGUACAAAAUAUAAAAUGACGUAUACGCUCGCUCCGAUCGAAAUUUAUAACGUGCAUGUCCUGGUAUUGGUAAAAAAAAUGUCGGGAGACAUAGUAGCAUAAGCAAGGAAGCGAUAACAAAUUCAAAAACAUCCAAUUACACACAGUGAGCCCCCCUGGUGAUGGCUUCAGCUUAGUCACGCACGCAUAAUUCUGAGCAUUGCCACAUUUACGCAUGUAGUUGUAAAAAAAAUCGUAUACAGUAUACGACGAGCACGAGUUUUGGACUUUUUCUGCCUGUGUUGCCCAAGGUGUAGGAGUUUCUCUACCGAGGACAACCUAACACAGGCGUGCUGACACUGUAGUUUCCUGUAUGAUCUAGUAGUAAACGCAUUGUUUCGCCCUUCGAGGUUUAUUUUGCGCAACAGCACUGUACGAUCUUCGCUAGUAGUUUCCACUACGCAUAACGAACACGACACACUAACAUACAUAUCGCGACCGCGAAGUACAUACUGGAACUAGGGCUCUAAACUACGCUGGCUGUUGUACUAUCCCAAAGCAAUUUUUUCCGUAAGAACAAUACGUGGUACAAAGCAUUAACUACAGAGAUUUUUUGUCCUCUGCCUUGUCAGCGCAAGCGGAUAAGUAGAAAACAUUACGACGAAAUUUGAAUUUCCUUUCAAUCGAGUAGGACGAACAUCAGGAGACGACUAAAAACUUCUAGCAGAACUAUUUGAAGACGCUGUGGGCACAUCCAACCUACCACCAUGUCCGACAGCAGCACGCGGGACUCCGAGUCCCCCAUGCGCAAGCGGAACAAGGAGGCAGAUGACGAAUUGAAGCACAUUUCCAACUCGGCAAAAAAGCAGCAAGCCGCCCUAAUCCCCCCCGCGGACUGCAUAAAACCGUCUAGUGCUUCUACCACGACAUCAAAGCCCACUCCUUACACCAGACCGGGCGCGGGUCAGCUGAAGAAAUCCUCACCCUCCACCACAAACGAAUCUUCUUCCAGCAAGUUCUUCCGGUUGUACACGAAACCCCUCCUCCAACAAAUCGCGACCGCCUGCAACCUCAAGCAUUACCAGGACUUGCGGACCUUCUGGCUGGUCGGGACGUAUUAUUCCCUGGUCGCGUGGAGAUGGUGGCUGUACAAAUUCGAUCCGAGGUAUAAAGCAGCGGAGGAACUGGUCCCCGGGAAGUGGAGAAUCACACAAUAUUUACAACAAGAGGUUUUGAACCCAGCGGUUGCGAACGAAUUACCGUUCUUCUCCCAGGAAUUUGGGAUCAAAACAGCAAUCGGGGUUCUUGAUUUCUGUUGGAUCAUUGCGGCCUGCUCCUUCGCGUUUUUUUGCGCGACGAUCGUGCACAACUGCAUCCACUUCGCGCAGUUCAAGAACUACCACGUGAACACUCUGUGGAACAUCGUUUUGACGCACACGUAUGGGCACCCGGUGUCGACUUUAAUCCCCGGGCACAACUUGUCGCACCACAAGUACGUGCAGACGCCAAAGGACAGCUUCCGGACGACAAGGAUGCGCUGGAGGUAUUGACAAUUUUUUAGUGUUUACGCAUGACAAAAAUGUAUCGCAUUGGUAGGAAUUGCAUGACAAAUUUUGGAAAAGGAAAAAUGCAAUUUGUAAUGCUAAUGAUACAACAAACUCUAUCAAAGGUACAACCUUAUCAACUGCCUGCUCUUCGGGGUUUCGGUCUCCUACCACUGUAUUCCUACGGACAACAAAUACUUCAUGAUCGCGUACUCCAAGGGGAACGUCUGGCUCUACUACCGAAUGCGCAUCGAACAGGUGGCGUACUACCCAUUGCAGGUAUAGAAUGUGGUUGUUUUUUGAUUUUUCUUUGUCAUGCAGAAGCAAAAUUUGAAAAGUUGCCUGUCAUGCAAGAAUCACAUGCAAACAAUAUUACAAAAUCAAAAACAUCUAUCAGAUCUACCUGGCCUACAACUACUUCCAACAAUGGUGGUGGAUCCUUCUCAUCCCCCAGCUCUGGGCCAAGCUCGCAUUAAUCACCAUGAACAUGCUGCAGCACGACGGCUGCUUGGUCCUUCGCGAGCUCGGCGAAACCCCGGAUCCCUACAUCGCAAAGGGAAGUCAAACCGUGGUGAAAGAAGAAGAAAAGUCUGUUGAUAUCGAGAAGAAAAAGGAGGAAUGGGAGAAGGUGAUUUUUGACAAGGACGUGCUGGGGGAAAAAGCGAAACAAGAACUGGGCUCGGAAACCGCAACUAAUUUGCUGAGCCGAGUUUCUUGCUCUCCCCCGCAGAGCGGUGUUGCUGUUGCUGCUCGACCGAUGUCGGAGGUUGAACUCACAGCAGCUGCAUUAGUCGCGGAACCAGCACCAGUAAAGGUUGAUACGAGUAAAAUCGAGAAGGAAGUAGAUACAGUAAACAACGACAAAGAAUCGUCCACCGAUUCCACGAAGGACAACUCCGACGACAACACAACGACAAAAGAAAUCCGGGAUGAAAACGGCAACAAGCUGUGGGAUCCGGACUUCAACUUCGCGCGGGAUUUUGUCGGGGAGUGGAUCAACUUUUUCACGUGCAACAACGGCUUCCACACAGCGCACCACUUGCGGCCAAGUUGCCACUGGACGAAGUACCCGCAGAUUAGCAAGAUGCUGGUGGAGAAGGAACAGCACCCGAAUUUAUCAAAUGUAAAAAUGUCUGGGUCUGGAAGAGUCAUGCUGUUUCUGCAUGACACAGAAGGUCUGGCAUGGAAGCUCUAGCAUCACAGGUUUCGAGAAGCCUCCGCAAUGCCGUUCCUGCAUGACAAAUCCGCCAUUUUGGUGACAGAGAGUGAGCAGCUUUUGCUACCUAUGCAUGAGAGAUUUUUGUGUGUUCUGAAAUCCGCAUCACAGGUUACAUCCUUCCAGACCCAGACAUUUUUGCACUUGAUAGAAUUUGCGAGUCGACAAUCUAGUCACCUACGCGUUCAAAUGCUUCGUUUUGGGGAGAAGGAUAUCAAUUGCAAAAAUGUCUGGGUCUGGGAGAGUGUAAGCUUGUCAUGCAGUUUUUCCAUGGCCCAUGAGGUCUGGAAUGCGGGACUUAGCAUGACAGGCUCUGCGAGGUGGACGUGGAGGUCUCUGCCAUACGUAUCCUGCAUGAGAAACUCCUUCCCAACUUGGUCGAAAGUGGAAAGCUUUUGGCACUCAUGCAACACAGAUUUUUGUAUGCUCCAGAUUUACCAUGACAAGUUACCAUCUUCCAGACUCAGACACUUUUACAGUUGAUAGAGGAUCACCUGGGACGGGCGGCCGUACUUCCCCAACGAACCGGAUUAUGAUGUGGAUUGGGUGGACGUUUUUUUCUCAAAUGUCGCGGACGCGAAGGACAAGUUGAACUGAUUUGUAGUAUCGGAUAAGAGGAGGUGCAGCAGGAGCUCUGGUUGAGGUUUAUCUGGUGUUAUGAAGAGAUGACGAGACGAGCUUCCCUAGCAUCAAUAAGUUCAUGGAGCUUGAUAAAGGAGGUGGUGGCAAAAGUAAAGGUAGACCUAAGUAUGCUUUCUUCGCUAAUGCACUUAGUUUAUUUCCAUCGCUAUGUCUUAGUUUUAGAUUUGAAUUUGCGCCGCUAAAUACAACACCUUGACUAUUUUCGACGUAUAUAAUUCCGCUAAUUCUUUUCAUGUUUCGACUUGUUUUGCCAAAGACAGCAGCAAGCCAACAUGUCAAAAACCGGGAGUCCAAGAAGAGAGGAUCGAUGUUGCGGUCGGAAAUUCAAAUUGUUGAGCGCUAAGUGGUCGCUGUUUCUUUCAGAGCAAGUGCACGCUUUCGCUUAGCAAUUACUGUCCUGCGCAACUACGAAUUUGUCUCUCGACUCCAUUGUGAAGUUUAUAAAACCCUAAUUUUCCGAACAAGCACGCACGCAAUUGAUUUACCAUGUGCAAUUGGAUAUGGACUGUGGCGGUGCCUUUUAUUUGAUACCGACCAGCCCCACCUACUAACUCGUACUAGCUCUGUGUGAAGAAACUACGCUACUUUUCUUUUAUCCUUGUCGAGCAACAUCAAAGGUCGUCGUCAACUCUUGACGCGGUGAGGACAAAAAAACGGGCAAAAGAUCCUGUAAUGCUUUGUACUUCUGAAGAAUCUG